AGAACCAUGAAUUCUCAUCCCAGGGUGACACCCCAGAGCUCGGAUAAUGGGCAGUUGCUAGUCUGUGAGGCGUCUAGCCCAGCACUGGAGGCCCCCAUCAAGGCCUCAUUCACCGUGAAUGUUCUGUUCCCUCCAGGACCCCCUGUCAUCGAGUGGCCAGGCUUGGAUGAGGGGCAUGUGCGGGCAGGACAGAGCUUGGAGCUGCCAUGUGUGGCCCAAGGGGGGAAUCCCUUAGCCACACUGCAGUGGCUGAAGGUGAGGGCAGUCGCGGGCACGGGAACUGUGGGGAGAGCGGAGGCCGGGAGCUGGUCCUGAGCUGGCCCAGGCCUGUCCCUGUCUCCAGAAUAGCCAGCCGGCGUCCACAGUGUGGGGCACAGAGCACACCCAGGCCGUGGCCCGCAGUGUGCUGGUGAUGACAGUGAGGCCAGAAGACCAUGGAGCGCGGCUCAGCUGCGAGGCCCAUAACAGCGUGUCUGCAGGGACCCAGGAGCGCAGCAUCAUGCUGCAGGUCACCUUUCCCCCUAGUGCCAUUACUAUCCUGGGAUCUGCAUCCCAGGUUGAGAACAAGAACGUGACACUCUCCUGUGUCAGCAAGUCCAGUCGCCCACGGGUCCUGCUACGAUGGUGGCUGGGCUGGCGGCAGCUGCUGCCCAUGGAGGAGACGAUCAUGGAUGGAUUACAUGGUGGUUACAUCUCCAUGUCCAACCUGACAUUCCUGGUGCGGCGGGAGGACAACGGUCUGACCCUCACAUGUGAGGCCUUCAGUGAAGCCUUCGCCAAGGAGACCUUCAAGAAGUUGCUCACCCUGAACGUAAAAUAUCCCGCCCAGAAACUGUGGACUGAGUGUGCCCCAGAGGGGCAGAAGCUCCGGGCUGGGACCCGGGUGAGGCUGGUGUGUUUGGCCAUCAGGGGCAACCCAGAGCCCUCCCUCACAUGGUACAAGGUUGGUGCCACCAGGGCUAUGGGGGUGGCCAGGAAUGUGGGGGAAGGACCAGGCCCCCUUCUUUCCUUCAGAAUCUUGGGCAAUCUUGGAAAAAGAUUAAAUUUCUGGAAAAGUACUAGAGAUUCUGAGGUUUGGCAGGGAAUCAGGAAAGACAAAAAAUGCCAUGAGAAUUAAAUGGAAUCCUAGGAAAAUUCUGGGGAAACAGAGUUCUAGGAUAAAAAUUGGAAUUCUGAAUCAAGAUUAGGUAUUCUAGAGAAAAGGUAAUUUCGUUAAAAUUAAGGAAAAUUCUAGUGAAAAAUCUCAGAAUUCAGCUGAAAUGUCAGGAAUUUUAGGGAAAGACUUGAAUCCCAGAAAAAAAGAAAAAGAAAAUUUGGAGAAAAGCUAGUAAUUCCACAGACUAUCGAAAACUCAUUAGUAUUAAAUCGAAUUCUUGGGAUUUGGAGGUAAGAAAAUGAAAUUUCGUUAAAAUGAAAGAGAAGCCUAAUUCUAAGAAAAUCCUGAGAAGUUAGGGAGCUGGUUGAAAAUGUUGGGGGGAAGACUAGGAAUUAUAGAAAUGACAAUGGAAUUUCAUUUUAAUAGGAUGGAAUUCUGGGGAAGUGCUGAGAAUCUGGGCAAUAUAAAGGAAUCUGUUAAAAGACUGGGAUUAUAAGAUAUAAUAUCGGGAAUAUUCAGAAUCUAUGGAAAGUUUAAUUUGUGCAGCAGCAACAAUAAAAAAAAAAGAAAGUAAUCUAUGGAAAGGCACUGGAAUUAAGGAAAAUUUCAAAGGAAAUCUUUGGGGACAGUGGGAAUUUUAAGAAAAGGAAUUGAGGCAUUCUGGGAAAGGCCUGGGAAUUUCAAGGGAGUUUCCUGCACGUGGUGUUGGGUAAACAGAGCAGAAACAGAUUUUGAGGAGUG